AUUGUCCUGUCGGAAUUCCAAAAUCAGAAAUUUAUCCCCUUUUCUUCUCAUUUCUCCUCUAUUUUUCUGUUGAUCUGUGUACCUUUUACAGUCUUUCAAAAUCAUCGCCAUGCCUACCUUACCAUCUCUCAGAAGAUCUCGAUCAUCCAUCUACCAACUCUAUCUAAAGCAACGGCUCCAAUCUCGCCAAUAUUCUAAUAUAGCACCAUCGUCCACUUCUUCGUUGUCUCUGACCUGCGCCUCCUCACUCAAGGCUAACAACGAAAAUGAAAAUCACACUUACGGAUCCUUUAUGAGAUGGUUUUCCGGGAUCGCUUUGGGCUCCAGCUUAGGAUUGUUUUGCUGGUAUACUAAUUCUAGCUCUGAUGCUGAAUCUGCAUUCUUAAACAGAUCGCUAUUGUCUUUCGCCGACUGGCCAAUGGCCACCGCUGUUAAAUCGGCGGUCAAGGAUCUGAAUUCCACUUCCACAUUUGGAAAACUGUCGUUGCCUGACUAUAGUUCGAAGUAUCUCUUUGGAGAUGCUUAUAGGAGAAAGGUUUUCUUUAACUAUGAGAAGAGAAUAAGGCUGCGAAGUCCUCCUGAGAAGGUGUUUGAGUACUUUGCAUCUUAUCAAGCACCAAAUGGAGAGUUAUUCAUGAGACCGGCAGAUUUGAUGCGGGCAGUGGUUCCUGUUUUCCCUCCAUCUGAAUCCAACCAUGUUAGAGAAGGAUAUUUAUGUGGGGAACGAAGGCCUGGCGAGCUAAGAUGUCCUCCGUCCAAAUUCUUCAUGCUUUUUGAUGUGAAUAACGAUGGCCUCGUAUCAUUCAAGGAGUAUAUCUUUUUCGUAACACUACUAAGUAUACCAGAAUCAAGCUUUUCUGUGGCUUUUAAAAUGUUUGACAUCAACAACAAUGGGGAGAUAGAUAGGAAAGAGUUUAAGAAAGUGAUGGCUUUAAUGCGAGCUCAUAACAGACAAGGGGCUGUUCAUAGGGAUGGACUUAGAACUGGGUUGAAAGUUAGCGGCUCUGUGGAAAAUGGAGGUUUGGUGGAGUACUUCUUUGGCAAAGAUGGGAAGGGAUGCCUCCAUCAUGAUAAAUUUGUCCAGUUUUUGAGGGAAUUGCAUGAUGAGAUGCUCAGAUUGGAAUUUGCACAUUAUGACUAUAAAUCACAAGAAUCCAUUUUGGCAAAGGAUUUUGCAUUGUCAAUGGUUGCUUCUGCUGACUUGAGUCACUUGGAUAAAUUGCUUUGUCGGGUUGAUGAAUUAAAUAACGAUGCACGUCUUAAGGAUGUGCAAAUAACAUUUGACGAAUUCAAAAGUUUUGCAGACUUGCGGAAAAAGUUGGUGCCGUUUUCUUUGGCCGUUUUCAGUUAUGGGAAAGUAAAUGGCCUGUUAACAAGGGAGGACUUCCAAAGAGCCGCAUCCUAUAUUUGCGGCAUCUCACUCACUCAAAAUGUGGUUGAUAUAAUUUUCCAUGUUUUUGACUCGAAUCAAGAUGGACAUUUAAGCCCAGAUGAGUUUGUAAGGGUUCUAUACAAACGGGAAAGAGACAUUGCUGAACCUGUGGAAUCGGGAAUCUUUGGAUUUUUGUCUUGCUGCUAUAACUGUGCAAAUGACCGAGCGAUUGGCCGGUUGCUUUUUUAAUCUGCAUAUUGAUUCGCGGAUGUCCCCAGAAAGAAAUCAAGAAAUUUUUCAUGGAUCGCAAACACUUGAAUCUGUUGCAAAAUGGACCUGUUGACUUAAGAAUGAGGUUGCAGCGGAAGAAUGUCUGUCUCUAACAGUGUCAGAUGGUUGAGGAUUUUGCCAAGUUUAGCAGAAUGGGAAGGAGUUGCUCGGAAGAAUGUCUUUCUCUAACAGUGUUGGAUGGUUGAGGAUUUUGCCAAGUUUUGCAGAAUGGGAAGGAGUUGCUACCCUAAUAUGUAGAGAUGUUGUCCUGUUGCUACACUUGAAUCUUUUGAGUUCUAACCUUCAAUCUUCUGGAGGUGUUGUCCUGUUACUAAUCUACAAGUUGUAUAUCUUAUAUGAAAUUUAUUGCCAUUUUUAUAUGUUAUUAUGUAGUUUAACCGCAUUUUUGUUUUGUUUAAGCAGUGUCCAAAAUUAUAGGGAUACCCCUGUCCAGUAUGAUCCUAACAUUUUGUAAUUUAUGCAUUAAAUUGAAAUCUGGUCGAAUCUUCCACGAGCAA